GACGACGCAGGUGCAACGGGCAGCCGUCGACAGCGCAAUCACCCCUUUUCGUCAACCGUACACGGAAGCAUCUGCGUGGCGGGCCCUUACCACAAGUGACCACUCGAAUUGCUCCUCUCGAAAUGUGCACAUAGGUCGCUGCGACAGCAUUGACCACGACCUCGCACAGACAUCGACGAUGAGUUCCGCGCCGUAUACGGGUCCGCAGAACGCGGCCGAUGGCAGCGAGAGCGGCCAUCAGCUUGCACGCGGUGCCUCCGACAGUCGAACUUAUAUGUGGACGACGUUGCUGGCGCUUCUUCUAAUCUUUGUCUUCUUCCGAUCUGUCCUGCCCCGCAUCCCGCGCCUGUUCCUGCGAGGCCGUCUCCGGAUUCAGCGUGUGGGUCUGCGAGGCAUCCGGGGCAUCGAAUGGCGCUCCAGUGGGUUUCCAAAGAGGACAUCGUCGUCUCGAAAAGGCUCUGCAGCUCCGCAGUCGAGCGAAAAUGAAGACGAGUGCUCGAAGGGCACCAUGCUCGUCAGGGUGCAGCGAGUCUACCUCUCGUUCCAUGGCCGCAAGGCUCAGCAGCACAUCGGGGAUGAUGUCGAUGAAGGUGGCUCGCAGCAGGAAUCUCAUAUCAAAUGCAAGCCGACUACACGCAGCUGGAUUACCAUCAACAUUCACGGUGUGGGUGUCUCGAUGCCACGAAAGGAUCCCUCACACUCCAAGGCGCCAGUAGAGAGAAGUGCCUGCCAACAAGAGGAAGCCGAAAAAAAGCUUCAGCGAGAGGAGGAGAGCAGAAAGAAGCACGAAGAAGAAGAGGAAAAGAGGCUACAACUGCUCAUGGAGAGCCCACCUGGGUCGCCGCGCCUCACAGGAAUGGGAAUGGACGCGCCGAUGCCCUCAUUUGCAGCCGCGGCCAUGGCCAACGGCGACGCGGCCGCAGCGCCAGGCGCUUCGACAACUGGGCCUCGUGUGAUGCCAUUCAGGGUGGCUUUGGGCAUCUACCAUAUCAUGCGACACAACAUCCUGCCAGCGCUGCGCACCGCAGCCGUCGACGCUCUCCGGUCCUUCCUCUAUCUAGCUACCUCCAGCUUGCCCUUUUUGACAUCCAUCAUCGACAUCGAGGUCCGUCGCGUGGAGGUCUACGUCGAAGAGGCCGACUCCGUCGUGCGGAUCGCGAACGUGGGCGCUAGCCUUUUCAUGCUCCUGAAGCAAAAAGACUCACUGCGUCCCGACUUCGAUGCUGACACCAAGGACCAAGGCCAACAAGACAUGAGGGGUUUUGGAAAGCGGCUGUCUGAGGCUCUCUUUGCCAUGCCCACGCGCAUCCGAUCAGGAGCCGCAUCCUUUGUGCUCGAUGGCCUUCCGGCGGCCCGUGCCAGCCUGACACUACGCUUCCAAGGGAUCCAGGUCUUUGAUGCGCAGCAAGCACGGCACAUGUCGUCCCUCAGCAAUCUCGAUGAGGGCAAAACCCGGAUGACGGCCAGUCCCGCUAGCUCGCCUGGACUCUCUGGUGCGGUGAAAAAGCCAGUCGACUCGUCCAUCGCUGCCCUGGAUCUUGGACAAUCCAGGCACCGUCGCGGCUCGUCUUCCGGCGGCUACGAAGGGAGCUCCGCUAAAAGGUCUAGAAGCGCCUCCAGGGGGACGAAAGCACAGUUCGCCUCCUGGCAAUCCACAAGAGGAGCAGGAGGAAGCGCUUGGACGGAUCGGUGGGUCGAUUGGGCUUUGGAGCCGAUAGACCAGUCCAAAUACUCGAGCGACACGGGCUGGCGAAAGGAUGCGCCCGGCGCCAGAGUCGCUGAGUCGGCAAGGAUAUUGGCUAUGCCGGGCACCAGCACUGUCAGCGCAGCCCUCGUACUGGGGAGAACGGUGGGCGCAAAUGAGUGCCUUCACUUUGCUAUCGAGUUGGGCGAGGCCAUGGUGGGCGCGGACGCGCUGAUGCGAGUCUUGACGGCACUGGAAGAGCGCAAAGCCGUUAUCAAUGGCCUGAGACCUACUGCAAAAGCAGACGAGGAAGGGACGCGCUCCCAGCUCUCCAAGCACAUUAAGCAGCAGAAACCCUCUUCGGGCGCCAACCUCCUGCGCAUUCUGGGCUCCUUCUCCUUUACGAUGCCGGUGCUCUCGGUGAAGAUGAGCUCCAAGUCAUCCUUUACAUCCUUGACCAUCGAUGACGACAUGCACAAGGCCCAUUCGCACCUGGCCAGCUCUCUCCAGCUCACCACCGAUAUUCACGGCCUGCACUUUACCGUCAAGACGAGCGAUCCAGCGGAUGAACUUCAUCAGCGCUGGCUUGGCACCUGUGGGAUCAAGAAUUACCGGCCAUCCUAUAACAAGACCUUUACUCAGCGCUUCCGAUGGACGCCCUAUCGGCGCCACAUCUCCUACAUCGAGCACCGGAGAGCAUUCAAUGUUGAAGCAGAGAUGGCCAGCCUCGAGGCGCGGAUUGGCAUUGAUGGAGAGUCCCCCGCAGCGUACUCAGAACUGCUCUCAAUGGGCGACUUGGCCCUCCGGACAAGGUCAACAUGGACCCCUUUUGGGCUCUUGCCGUCGAGGGAUGAGACGGAGAUUACGGCGCCUCGGUAUUUCAUUGGCGAUCCAAACGAGCUCGCAGCUAUCGUCGAAAUCCGUUUGGGUCGCAUCUGUGGCCAUCUAAAGAGCGGACAUGCAGCCGCCUUGAUUGCUUUCUCUCAGUUCCAGACGGCUGAACGCAAAGCUCGUCGAGCCGAACUCGGACUCCACUCAGAGAAACCGAAGCGACCAAAGGGAUACUUGGAAAGCUUGCCAAGAUUCUCGUUGGGAGCGGAGCUCGACGAUCUCUCCUACGUCAUCGACGCAAGCGAGAUGGUUGCUGCACCCGCCGGUCAAGAUUCGGAGCUGAGCCUCAUUCUAGCCGUCCCGAAGAUCAACUUUGUCAGUCAUGCGUCGUAUCAAGACCAGUACGUCAAGAGAAGCGAGAUGGAGCGACGUGCGGCAUGGAAGGCGCUGGGCAAGGAUGAGCUUGAAUGGUCUCUCCCCAGUCCAAGGGGCGAUCGAGCGGCUGGAGGCGGGUCGACGGGAGGACUGACAGAUCCUCGCACGAUAUCAGGCGAGUUCGCGAAGUGGAUUCAGGCGAAGCAGAAAGAAGAGGAGGAAGAGGAGAAAGGCGGCCUCGAGCCGCCCCAGAGGAGCAUGACGAUGGAGGAGGCACUCAAAAAGAUGAGAGAGCUACAGCCGGAUAUGCCAACCUUGCCAUUGGAUACCCAACCUAGUGCACCUUUCUCUAUUGCCGGCAAUGAAACUGCCCAAGAUCAAAGGCGGCCAUCGAAGCCCAAGAGGUCGUGGUCGGCAUCAAAGGGCUCGAACUCAAGAGCUGUAUCUUCGUCGGCUUGUCCGUGGAACACCAAGCUGAACAUCGAGAGCUCAUGCACAUUUGAUGCGCUCGACCUCUUCUGGUCAAUGAACAGAAAGGAUGCGGCGAGGCGCGCCUCUGACGUCUUUGACGCUCCCUUUGCUGGACCAACAGCACCGGCGCCCGGCGCCAACAUCUUGCAAAGACACCUUCUUGUCCUCAACACCUUUGAGAUCUCGGUACACAAUGGCGUGCCGGGCUACCAAGAUCCGGUUGCAAAUGGCGUCGCUCUUGAUGCUAGCAAGCUUACCGCCGACACGAGAUGCAGCCUUGAGGAGCUCGAUUUUGACAUGUGGCAUCCCGAUGCUCUCCAUGCGGCCAAGAUGUUCAUCGACUACUUUACCGAAGCGUCAAGGAAAGUUGAUCCGCGACGCUUCACGAAGUCAUCGUCGGAGGAUGACCUACAGAGGCCUUCGGAGCUUGGGCCGGCCAUUGACGGCAACGAGGAGCAGUCGGCAGAGCCCGUAGCACUCCUCGACACGCUUCGACCCGAAGUGAGCUUCUACAUCUCCAUUGGAACCAUCGUCGCACACAUUGGCGGGGUGGACGAGCAGUGCGACCCCACCAUGUCGCGCGGUGUCGGCUUUGAAUGCAAGAGAAUCAUCAUCGAGUAUUCAAUGACCGUAAAGGGUGGUCUCCGACGAUACCCAAACGAUCAGUUGAACAACAGCUGGGGAGCGCGAAGCGCCCUGGAGCUACCGGAGGACAUACGUUCAGCGGCCAUUGCGCUGGCCGUAAGAGAAGGGAAGGCCGCCAUGGGCAAGCUCAGCUUGUAUGAAGUCGGCCUUUUUCCUCUCCUCGAUGCCGAUCAGGCCUCUGCACAACACCUGGACGGGACAGGCAAAGCUGGCGACCCGCUUGAGCACCAAAAGGCUCAGAUUCAAAGGACCGAAAUGAUGCAGUCGCCCUCAAUUCUUGCUCCCGCCGUUUGGGAGUUCCAAAAGACGCGGCCGGCCCAAUCAAAGUCGCAGCGCACCCACGAGAAGUUUCGGCAGCAGGACCGAACCAAGUUCAUCUUUUGGAUGCCCUUCUCUUCCACAAAGCUCUCCCUUCGGCCGCCUGGAUCAAGGAGCAGUAAGAUCGGCAAGCAUACUGAGGAGGUUACAAUCACCAACGAGUGUGCAAAGCUCCUCUCUUUCAAGAUCGAGCUCUUGCAUACGUACUGCCUUCUUGUCGCCAUGGCUACGGUCAAGAAGCUGAAAUCGAAUGCGAAGGCGCGAGAAGAGGGACAGGCGACAGCAGAUCAGAAAGAGGAUAAAGAGGCUGGCGAAAAUAGCAAAAAGACGGACAAAGAAGAAGGCGAGAGAAAGGGCAAGAAGAUUUCAAAGUACAGGCCAAUGUCUUACUUUGUCAGCUUCGACGUCAACGAGGUGCACGUCGCCGUCGCGCUUCCUAGUGACGUCAAUCUCUUCUUACGCCUGCGCCGUCUCAAUGCUUCCGCCUCAAAUCAGAACGAGCUCACCGUUGGCUUCGAGUCGCUUUUGAUGGCCGUCGAAAGUCCCGAAGUGCCAUCGAACGGCAUGUGGGAAGAGGCUGUGAGGAUGCGAGACUGGACUUUCCGCUUUCGAAAGCCAGACAAAGUUGGCCAGCGGCCCCACAUUAUGUUGAAUGGAGACGCAGCAGGCAUCCGUGUCCCUUUCGCCUACACAAUGCAUCCCAUCAUCGACAAUACUGUCGUGGCCGUUAAGGCAACGAAGCAACUUCUGCAUCAAUUUCUCAAAGGCGCCAACGACUCCAUCAUUACCCCUGUCGCCGAGGCGCCCAAGCACCUGCCGAGGAUCACCAUCCAAAUUCGUAUCCUGACAUUUGAGGCCUCCGACGAUCCUUUCGAGACGAGGCUUAACAUCAUUUGGCGUGCUGGCGGCGACGAGAACCAGGCACGAUUUGAGAGAGAAGCGGCAUUUGCCGAGAAAGCAGCCACGCUCGAUCCUCGGCCUAGCAACGACAGUAGUGACUCCCUGUCUUCUGGGUCAACGGCAACCACGUUUGAGACAAACAAUACGACCACUACUCCUAACAAGGAAUUGUCCGAGGCAGAAGCGACUCGCAGAGCCAAGGUAUCAAUCGAAGAGGCUCGAGCGCGCCUGGAUGCAUUCAAUGCAUCGAGCUGGAUUCGGCGCAACACCAAUGCCAAGACCGAGCAGGCUCGUCGAGAGGAUGUCCGGCGACGGCGCAUUUAUGGCCGGCUACCUGCGGCAGUUCGUAAUGUCACCGAAAUGCCCAUCAAGAUGGCUCAACCGUCAAAGGCAGCUCCGCUUUUCCGCUCCAGCAUGACCAAGAUCUGCAUCGACAUUUCGCCCCAUUCCCGUCCAGAUGACGAGAUCCCAGACUUUAUUCACGAGCAAGGACUGGGUGUGCCUCGAGACACAAAGUAUUCGCUCUUGGUUCCUCUGCACCUUUGCCUCAGGAUGGAUGAAUGGAGAAUCGACCUGCGAGACUACCCCAUGCCCCUCCUUCACUUCCCUCCCACAGCCCAUCACCAAUCGGAACACCUUCCUGCGUUAGAGCUUGUGGCCGACAUGUGCAUCGCCGAACAGCUAGGCGACUUCAAAGCCAUUCGACAUGUGCCUGCCAUUGUGGUGCCAGCGGCGACAGGCCGGAUCGAUGCCAUUGAGUACGGCAUCUCGGUGCCCAAAAUGGCAAUGCCGACCAAGUUCUUUGGCUCGCCUGUGAUCAAGGUUCAUUCAUCGUACCCUUCUCGCAUCGCUUGGGGCCAGUCGCUGCAGCCAGCCAUCCACGAUGUGGUCCGGGUCAUCGAAGGCAUCACAAGUCCGCCCCACGAUGGUUCGCCGCGUAUCGGCUUUUGGGACAAGAUCUCUCUCAUCUUUCAUGGACGGAUCCACUUCCAGUUCCCUGGCGACGGCGAACUGCACUUCUACCUCAAGGGCAGUAGAGACCCUUACCACAUCCUCGGCCAUGGGGCCGGAUGGGUCAAGUGCUGGCGCGGUGAUGUCGAGAUUCGCAUCAAUUUCGAAAACGAAGAAGGCGAGGUGGUGCAGAUCAUCAGCUCCGAGUACCUACUCGCCAUUCCAGACCUCAAGGACUACAUUGACCGGGCAGCGACUGGUAUUGCACAGGAACAUCGGAACGCACAGGACGAGAACGAGAGCAAGAAGUCGCUUGUGUCCGAUCAGAAGCGGUACAUGAAGGAGCCCGAGUUCCGCAAGAUCUGUCUCAAGCUCACCAAUGGCGUUCGGUGGGGCUCUGCUGUGCAUCUGGAGAGGACCUGCACGGACGAGACCUGCAAGCGCACGCCAAGAUGCAAAGGUGCCCCGUUCUAUCGAGAAUGUCGGUUCUUUGAUCGCAAACCACACUGGGAAGUGCAUCAGAGGUCGAAGGAAUACAUGGACACGCUACCGGAAGAUAAAAAAGGCGACUCGUUCCUCGGCUGGCGAACAGAACACAUCCACUUCUCCAUCUCCAUCUAUUCGCCAAAAAACAAUAUUCGACCUCACUCAAAGGAGGAACCCGAAACGAAGGACAGUUCCGAUUCUGUCAAUAAUCUCUACUUUACACCGCUGGCCUGGGAGCACUUCUGGGCAUGGAUGCGCCUUUUCAACAGUGCACUCAGUCUGCCAAUCAGACAGGGGAAGCUCUUCCCUGGCUCUCUCGCCCAAUCGCCGAAAUUUGGUCGUCAUCUUGCCACGAUUAAGUACCGCUUCGACAUAUCGCCUCUCUUCAUCUCCCAUCUUUACCCGCAGCAGGACAAGUCGGAUUGGGCAAACGGCAUGACGUCGCUGCUUGGCAUCAAGACAAGGACAAGUGUUUUCCACUUUGAUCUCCACCAACGUCAGCAGGAGACGGUCAGAGAGCGACCGGAGCUGGGCGAGUCUAGAAAGGUGUUUCACAAACCCUUUUACGAGGCGGAGAUCGAUCUCGGUGAGAUUGAUUUCAGAACACUGGCUGGCCAGUUCAGAGAGCCCGAGAAGCAACUGUUUCCCCACGACGAGGGAGAUGCAGGCGACGAGACGCAGGAUAUCUUUGCUGGCGAAUGCGAGAUCAAUGAACGUGACGCAGAGUGGAUCGACCUCAACGACUUUGUCGAGCUUGAUUGGAGGCCGCCACAGAAUCGUCCGCCUAGGAUCAAGCUAAUCCAAGCCCUGACAUGUCCCCGCUUCAACUACUACCGGCGCAUCGAAUCGAAGCGCGAGAGAAGCGCACGCACCACCAGCCAUUCGGAAGACGUUGAGGAGAUCGCCAAAAAGGGGUCUCAGACGGGUGGUGCGUCAGGCGAAGAAGGUCACGACGAGGCACUGUCGAGACUCGAGCAAACCAAGUUCGGAAGUGAACCCACUCACACCUGCCUUGUGGGCAAAGCGCCUAGGGCUCAUAUGAUCCAGCGUGAACUUGCUUGCUCGAGACUCAACUUCUUGAAGGAGGAGCUGUCGAAGCUGGAAAGCACCGACGGAGAGCCAGUCAGCAUGGACUAUACGGGCGUGGAAGCGUACAACACCGAACAGGCUGCCGCUACCGAGGGCAUGGAAGCGCGUAUCAAGGAUCUUCGAAAGAAAGUCAAGCUAAUUGCCGAAUACAUUCAGAUGGUGUCUAGGCUCGAUAAGCUAGAGCAGAGGGACGGGACUUCCGACACGGUGGGCAAGCCCAGCUCUGGCGCUCUACCCGAUUCUGUACCACAGGGUGGGCAAGUCAUGGACGCCGACGUGGAGCCGCGGCUUGCGCAGAUGUACCAAGCAUGGGAGUCGUUUGAUAAUCGUUUCUUUGCCCACAACCCGGCCAUCUUCUACAGCAACUCGACGAGAGACAUUCUUCUCAAAUACUAUCUCAGCUCGAGAAGGAGGAGAGGGGUUGUUCACCAUCUCACGGCAAAAGCUGUCAGGUAUAUUAGGGAGCUAUCCAAGUCCGACGAUGGCGAGGACGAAAAGGACGAUUCGGACAAGAGCGGCGGUGAGAAAAAGCAGGACGCUUCAACGGAUGAAAAGUCAAAGGGUCGCCGUCCUGCAAGUCGCCGCCGCAAGAGCAGCAAGAGGCACGCUAGACACGAUAGCAGCGGUUCUCCUGCUCCAACGGCGGCCAAUGGCGAUCCCUCGCGGGACAGCAACGGGUCUGACCUGCUUCGUGGUCUGCUCAACGAUACGAUGCAGUACAUCAUGGAUGAGCCAGAGGAGAUCAACGGGCAGCAGGAUCGUUCCAAGGUCAUUGACGAGAACGUCGACCCGACCUUGGGCAUUUCCGAGGCUUUCGAUGUUCGCAAAAGCAACGUAUGCGUAUUCCUCAAACCCCAAAUCGUUCUGCGCAGUCUGGUCAACGAUCGGUCUACAGUUGUCCUCACGGCCAUCCGCACCCGUCUGCACAACUAUGCAGUCAAGGAUCCCGAGGUCGAGGAAGAUUCGGUCAAUGAGAGAGCCCUCUAUCGAAAUUAUUUGGCUCUCGAUGGGCUCCAGGCAUUUAGUCCGAGCAAGCACUGCUCCUUUCUCGACCGAGCUAGGCAGCGCUACGGCUUUCUGCACGUUCCCUUGGAGACGCUCAUUGAUCUCAAAUACGAGACGAAGGACUUCGAUCGCAUCGCACCGAGAACCGAUGCAACGUUGCACUAUGACAAGUUCAACAAGCUACGCCUUCACGACCCCAGCCGGCCCGUGGCGGCUGACUUGGAAACGCAAGAUCCCGCUAUCGACCACCUUCGGCAUCAUAUGGAUUUGAUCCGGGUCCGCUGCCCUCGCUACUCCGUCUUAGCCAAUUCUGAGCACUUUGCUUCGAUCUACAACGUCGUCACGGACCUACUCUUGUACCGUGAUCCGGCUUACCGCGAACACGCGAAGCGCCUCGAGACGAUGAUGCUGAGUUACGAUAUGACCGAUCAUGCGGUGCUGGCAGAGGUUGUAUUGGCGCUGCAGGUGCGCAUCCGGCAUGCCCGGGAGCUUCACUUGCAGUACCAACUGCACUUUGACCACCUCAACGAACAAGGGCGCAUGGACUUUCUCAGUCUGAAAGCCGAGCUAAAAGACAUGAUCGACGAGCUGACGCUCAUCAUGGAAGGCAUCACGGCAGCCGACGACAACAACUCGGGAUCGGACAAGGAGAAGAAGUCGGCCUUGAGAAUUGAGGCGCAAGCUCAGGACAUUGCAUGGAACAUGAUGGGCGAUAAAGAGGGCGAGCUGCUCGCCAAGCUUUCGAUCAAGGGCGCCAGCUUCACGUGGCUCAACAAAGCUGACAACUCGGCCGCGAAUACGCUUUCGAUUGCCGACCUGAACGCCGUAAAUGUGCACCCUGACGCCGUCUUCACGGAGAUCAUCACAAAGUACAACAACGUCGAUCAUCCCAUGGCCAAGGAGGGAAGGCUGCUUGACGCCAUGUGGUCUGUUCUGGCUCCUGUCGGCGGAAUCGCCAUCAUCGACCACUUCGAGCUGAGCUUGCAUCCUCUUCGAAUCCAGCUUGAGAUGAAAGUGGGUCGGAGAAUCGAAGACUACAUCUUCGGUUCCAAACGCGAGCGGGAGAGAAAAGAGCGGGAAAAGCGGGCACUCGAGGAGGAAGAAGCACAAGAGCGCGCUGCAGCGGAGAAGGGCGUCACUCGGCAGAGAAAGAGGUCUGCUUUCGUCCGAUUCUUCUCGAAAGGCAAUGGCAACGCUAAGGUCAACGGCACGAAUGGCAAGGAAGGAGAUGAAGACCGAGGCGACGCUGGCGGGAACGACAGACCCCCCUCCUCACACAAUCUGUUGCCUAAGAAAUCCUCGCCCAAGAAGACCCAAUCUGAUGCAGGUCUCUUAGAUCAACGGAGGACCAGCAAUGGCGGCGUCAGCGUCGCGAGCAGCGGUAGCAACAAUAAUGGUGGCAAAAAGUCGUUGACGUUGAGCCCAGCAGAUCGCAGGACGGAGGCGCUGCGCUCAUCGAGCAAGAGCUUGACGUCCAUGACCUCACAGGACCAACUCAGGAACAACAGUGGCGAGUCGGACGAGUCUGAUGCAGAGGAGACGGGACAACAUGUCAUUGCAGCCCGAAAUGCUUCGGAGAUGCGCCAGCGGGCUUCGCAGAACAGCACAAUGGUGUACUUCAAGCUCAGCGAGACGAUUCUGUGCCUGUCAUACAAGGGCGAGAAGCAAAAGAGCAUAACAGACCUCUACGACUUGGUCUUCAGGGCUCCACGGCUCGAAUACCGCAACAGGACCUGGGCAAAUGCCGACUUGAUGGCCCACAUCAAGCGCGAUAUCGUCAGGUCGGCCUGGAGCCAGAAGUCUACGCUAAUCAAGGGCGUCAUUCACCAUCGCAAACCGCGCCGAAAUCUUGUGACCAGCAACCUUCGUGCUAUAUCAUCUUCUGCUGCAGUACAGGCCAACGAGGUCGCUUCGAAUGUACUCACAACGGCUGCGUCUCAAACACCUUCAGGCGUCAAUGAAAUCGUAAGCGCUGCAGCGGCUGCAACAACAUCGACGACAGCUGCUGCUGUGGCAGCACUGACCUCUUCUCAGAGCGCGUCAGGCACGGAGCAGGGUCGCUCCAACAGCCAGCCAUCUUCGUCGCUGCAGGCACCUCCCUCGUUCAACAUCGAGCCUCCGACGCCCGAUGAGAGUGGACAGCUUCUUCAGCGCAACGACGACGAAAGGGAGAAUGAGCACCACCUUCAAGACGAAAUUGAAGAGGAGGAAGAUUCGGACAUUGACGAGGAGGAAGAAGACAUGAGACACCAUCGAGACGAGGACCUCCUACCCUAUAGUGCCUCGUCUUCUUCUUUAGCCGCUCGAGAUGAGGACGACCAGCUAGAUCAACAAGAGACCAACAGCAGCAACCCUUACAAAAUCGGACGGUUCUUGACGAGCACAACCAAGCGGCUUAGACCGCGCGUCGGAUCACAAGGGCCUCUGGGUAGCGGAGAAGAAGGAGGAAAUGCCGUGGUGGCUGAUGACUCGAUUGGGUCCGGUGACGAUCGAGACACUCGCAGGAGCGCUUCGCAACCACGCGGGGGAAAGAUCAAAACACUCCUUGGCGCCACUGCGCUACAUGAUGUCAGCUCAGCACCGACACCAUCUACAAGCCACGACACGGACUUCGUCUCUCCGUCCGCCUCUUCUGCGCAACAAGCAACGAUACAAACUUCUGCCUCGUCCGAAGACGCAGAGGUGUCCUCCGCUCCAUCUUCACCAUCGGUCCUCGAAUUGGGAAGACGCAAAUUCUUGAAGAUGUCGGGUAGCAAGCAUCCGCAACUUGACGAUUCCCUGGCUCAGCCACCGUCUCCACGUAGGAACCCUUCGCCCACGAAAACCGCGGCAGCGAACGGAAGUCCAAGCGGCAGUGGUGGCGGAAACAAACUCUUGAGUGCUUUUGAACCUUUACGGCCGUCUGGCUCGGCUCCUCCUUCUUCUCAAUAAUUUCACCAACGAUAUACUGUAGAUGCUCUGUGUAAACUAUACGUGAUAUGAAUUCGAAUGUAGUCGCG